GACCAACCACGUGACCAGUCCCGCGACCUUAAUAUAUUUCUGGUGCUGAUACUACUCUCAGACUUGAGAAAAAGAUCCAAAGCUCCCAGACAUGAAGGUCCUCGUCCUCGUCCUCGUCCUCAGCGUCAGCGCGGCCAAUGGAGGCAACAUUAUUGACGGCAUCAAGAACUCUUUGGAGACUAUUGGUGGCGCGGUCAAGGAGACAGGGAAGGACUUCGUUCCCUUUGCUGCGACUGUGGGCAAGAACCUGCUGGGGACUCUGAAGAAUGACACUGUUCAGAUGGUCAAAGGUACCCUGUCUGAUCUCAUCGGCAAGGCGUUCGCUGAUCUGUUCCACAUUAAAAGGGACAUGCCCGCGAUCGUGAAUCAAGUGAAAACUCUGGAAUCUAAGCUGACCCACCUUCUCGACCUCGGCACGUCCCAGUUCUCUGAUGUCAUCGACGAGGUGUUCGCAGAGAUCCAGACCAUCUACACCCAGCUCAAGAACCUCGAGAUGCACCCCGAAGAGGCUCUCAAGAAGGUCGAGGCUCUUGUUGCCAAGCACACAUCUUUGUCCAGCGAGUUCCUGCAAGCCCUGGAGAGAGACGCUACCACAAUCGUCCACUCUGUGUUCAGUUUGAAGAAGCGCAACGUCAUCACAGACACCCUCAGCUCCCUGGGGAGCACCAUCGCAGCUGCUUUCAAGCCAGCCAUCGACUCUGUUUCACAGAUGGUCCAUGGCGCAGGAUCAGCUCUCAGCGUCGCCGCUAACGGCCUACUGAGCGCUGCCAAGGACUCCCUCUCCCAGCUGGGGGACAAACUAAAGCCCCAUGUUGCUGCCCUCUCCACCCAGAUCGGCCAGCUGACACAGCACGGCACCAACGCCAUCAAUGCCAUGAAGGACGCCAUGACCGACAUCUUCAGUCAGACCAUGCAGAACGCUAAGCCAGCCCUCAACAACAUUGCCUAGACUGCUGCCAGCGCCGGUCAGACCAUUGUUAAACAGCUCGGUGGUACCCAGUGAAGGGCAAAACCUUUACGACAUUAAACACGCUUGCUAUAA